AGAGCAUGUCGCUAGUAGUACAGCAGUAUUUUGGAAUGGUAGAACUAUUUGUUUACGUGAGUUGGUAUCUAAAGUUAGGCCUAAAUAACAUUCAAUCUUGUGUAAUACUUUUGCUGCCCAAAAUAAAUACAAAUUUCGUUUUCUGAAAACAUAAAGUACAUGGACUUGUACUGCUUAGGUCUCUACUGUGGGAGAAUUAGAACAGAAAAUGGAACUUGGAGCGAUUGUGGGGUAACAGACACAUACAAUUAUGCCUGUCCCAGGGGCUAUAGUGUAGUUCACUGGCCGGAACGUAACUACCAAUGUCUUCCAUGUAUGGGCACACCCACCUUCUACUCUUGGCUGUAUCUUGGGUUCAUGGCAGUCUUACCUCUGGUGUUGGAGUGGUAUCUUAUAGACCAAACAGUAAAGCGAAGGAACUUUACAAAGGAGUUGGUUCUUCUACACAUCAGUGCUUUAAUUGAAAAUGUUGUUGCAUCUCUUCUCUCACUAUUAAUCAUCAGCCCAACUGGAAAACUGAUGAUCAACUCGUGUCAAGUUCAUCGGUUAUCUGAUUGGUACACAAUGCUCCAUAACCCUAAUCCUGGCUAUAAAACUACUUUACGGUGUACACAGGAGGCUGUAUACCCAUUGUAUUCUAUAGUCUUUAUCGACUAUGCCCUGGUUCUUGUUUUACUCUUCUUGUGUCGACCUAUUCUUGUUGGAAAAGUCCUACGAGGAGAAGGAAAAAAAUCAGUUUAUCUUACAAUGUACUUGAUUCCAGGUUUAGCAGUCCUCCAUGCAACAUGUUGUGGACUUCUGUAUUAUGCUUUUCCGUACAUUGUGAUCAUCAUGUCUGUUGUGUCAGUGGCCGCACAUCUGGCAUUUCGCCUUGAUCAGUCCAUGAAAUCUUUGUUGAUCAGCACCUUUAAAGAUGUCAGGAACUUGGUUAUUCUGCUCGGACAUUGGUUACUUCACGCCUAUGGAAUAGUAGCCAUUACUCAACUGAAAGAACCACUUCUCAAUGGAGCACUAAUCUCGCUUGUUCCUUUCCCAGCUUUCUUCUAUAUCCUUACAUCCAAAUUUACUGAUCCUAGCAAGCUACACAUAAAUUGAUGUUUAUUAUGUAAAUGAUAUAUUCUGACAUUGCUUUUACUCUAAUGCUUAGUGAGGAAGUGGUGUAAAAUCAGAUAUUAGAAACUGCACUGAAAUAUUGCCGCGAACAUGUACCGCAUUAUUGAUUUACUGUACAAAGGUGUAUAUUUGAAAUUAAUUACAGUGUGAAAGAUUAAGUAUGUAUAUAUAUCUUAUUUAGUCGUAUUAGCCUAUCAAAAGCUUCUGUUUAUGUAAAUUAGUUAUUUGAUUAUCAGAUGGGUGAUUGUUGAGGUUUUUCAGAAGAAAAAUAACUUAUAUAUGAUUCUGAUUAUCUUUGUGUUUCUUUUCAUUAAAUAAAGUAUUUCAAUUAAAAAAGAAAAUCACUAGUCCAUUCAGGCUUGCAUGAUACUUGUGCAAGAUUGCAUUUAGAAAAUAACAUUUUUCAUUGACAUUCAAAACAAGUACCCAUUGUUUCAUAGUUUGUUUGUUUUUACUGUCAUCAGUCGUAUUUGAUGUAUAUAUAAUUAUAUGUAUUAUUGUGUAAUCAAUAACUUUCACCCAGUAACAUCCUUCUGGGAUGUGUCAUAGAAUAUCCAUGAGACAUUUGGUAAGUAUACUUUUCUAUAUAUACUAGUUAUCACUAUAAUUUUAAAUAAAACCAAUGUUCUACUGCAGUAUCUCACAAUCCUUAGAUUGCUACAUGAAUAUUUCAAAUAUCAUAUACAAGGGAAAGCACCCUCAACUUAUACCAACUUCUAACAAUAUUUGUGUCAUCCUUUGAGAUGGGUUUACCCCACCCCAAUGAGUAGACAGGCACAUGGUCAAACAGGUACAAGCUUCUAAAAAUAAUGGGUGCUUGUUGCCCACCUGUUGCAAGAAGGCAGAUUUCCAGGCCUUGCACAAGUUGUUAUUUGCAGUCUUAGGGUCACAUUUUGCACUUCCAAUUUGGAGGUGGGAAUGUGGCAGUCAGUUAUCAAACUCUUAUUGGUGGUGGCUUACCUCACCAUCAUUUGCAGCUGGUGGUCAUAUUAGGCAGAAGGUACCUUUUGACAUGUGCAAUCAAAGUAGGAGACAAGAUCUUCCAUUCCUUCAUGUAUGUUAUUCAUAAAAGUAAUUCCUUCUUCAACCUUUUCUAAGAGAAGAAGGGCUUAACUAUCCACAAAGCUGUUUUAUGUCAUCACAUCAUUGUAGAGAUUUGUAAUGCCUGUAUCUUUCUCCACAUACUUUGCAUGAGGUGGAAGAAGUAACAUGUGGGCCUAGAACACUGGUCACUGUCUGCAUUUCUGCAAUAUCAGAAUCAGUUAUAACUUUAGUAGGGUCUGGUGCAAAACCAAGCUCACCAUGCUUGGUUAUUAUGUACCCAAGCAUUUCCUUAUACACUGUCUGACUUUUGCUAGACAGUAAUGCUAAAACACAAAACAUAGCAGUACCAUCUACUGGUGUACAGUUACAUACAACUGUUAAAGUACUGAGGAGUCCCUCAUCUGUGGCAUAUAUCACAAGCCAGUCCCUUUCCUCAGAACCAGUGUUAUACAGAAACAAUAAUGCAGGUGUGCCACCAAAUGUGGUUGCCCAGUCACCCCUAGUGACUAGACCUCAAAGGAAAGCUGAUUCUUUUGAAAAAGCACCAUGCUUUUGUCUCUGGAGGUCUUGGCAGCAGAUCACCGAUGUUGACCCAAACCACCUCUAAAGUUACCGGGAUGGCCUGUGUGAGUAUCAGGCUGGGCUACUGGGCACAUGGCUUACCCUAAUCUUCAAGGUGCUUCUAAAUUUAGCAUUUCUUUCUGCUUCAAAACUAUACUUUGUGAAUGACCUUCUUUUUUCAAGUUGAAAAAAAAACAGUAGAGUCUUUAGAAAAUGAAUAGAACCUUUACAAAUGAGUACAGUAAAAAAAAGUAGUUCGACCUUAAAUUGAGAUCUGUCUUUAAAGACCCCAUGCACUUUAAAGUGGUCUGUUUAUUGCAUGUCCACUUUAUCCAGUUUGUUCGUUUCUUGCCAAUCUUUUUUACGAACGUGCCUAGCAUAAGAAAGUUUUCGAUUACCUCAUUUAACUGUAUGAUAUAUAAAUUUACCAUAUGUUGUUGUCUACCUUUUUAUAUCAAUAUAGUAAAUUUAUCAGUUAUUCUGCAUAUGUUUAGUUUUUACAUAACACGUGGUCAAGAAAUUUGUUAAAUAGCUUUUAUUCCCUUGUCAUUCUGUUAAAAUCACACCUAUUUUACCUGUGGAUGCCAUAGCUGUAAUGCUGUGUUGUGCAUGAAUGAAGACAGUAAUGUUCUUCAAUGGUAGAUCAGCUAGUAUUUCUAAGUUAUGAUAUCCCCUAUGCUUCAGUAAGAAUGACCAGUCUCGUGGGUAGCGCUAAUUACUCUGGGUAAUAACAUUACCUGUGAAGUAAGAAAUAUUUAAUUUAGACAGUGUAUAAAUCUCGACCUGAUCAGUUAAAAUAACUGCAAUCCAGUACAAGCAACAGCCCAUCUUCCAAAGCAAGUACACACACUUGGUUUGUGUUUCCUGUUAUAAUAAAGAUUGUGAGUGUGUACUUUA